AUGACCUCCACCGCCGUCAUGGCCGUGCGAUCGAGGUCCUCCCUCCGCGUCCUGCGCAGCGACCCAAAUGACGCGGGCGAGAACUCGGUCCAACCGCCCCCAGCAAAGCGACCUCGCAUCCAUCGUCCGACCACGUCACGUCGUCAGGGGAGCUCCCCAGAUUUACUCGAUACGACCAUUGAGACCCCUCCUCCCUCCAACUCGACGAAGCUCCGCCGUCCGCGACCGCUCUUUGCUCUUUCCGCGCACACCACAUCAUCUCCGCCACCUGUCGGCACGCCUCGCGCCAGAAACCUCCGCGUCCACCACCAUGAUACUCCGACGUCAAACAAUGCGGCGCUAUACCUGACUGGCGGUCGCGAGUCUCCCGAUCCCCUAGACACGAUAUCCCCCGCCCCUACCGUUACCUUCAAGACCACCCCGAAACCCUCCAAUACUCCAACCUCGGCUGCGUACCGCCAACGGAGGAUAACGCAGUUUCUAAAGGCCGCGCCAGACCCAUCUACUACGCCAGAGCUACCGCAGCCGAAAAACGCGCGCAUCUCUCGAGGAAACGCCGCCCCUACGCCUCCAAAGGAACCAACCCCAGACCCACCAUCUGUACCUGCCGCGACGGCCGACCGCGUUUCGCCGGAGAAACGGCGGAGCCUCCGCUCCCAUGAUGGGGGCUCGAGGGCGAGGAGCGAAUUGGCACUGUACUUUCCCAAUUAUGAGGAGCUUUUGAGCUUGGAGCCUCCAAAGACGGAGUUCCUUACAGGAAAUACGACCAUUAAGCUGAUUGAUGACCUUCAUGAACCCCCAAUCCCACCAUCUGCCUUUUCCGGCCCCGACGCAAAUACGCCGUUUGGAAACCCUCUUGUUGAUUUACAAGGAUGCGAAACAAUAACACUACCAGAAACUCUACAGUUAAGCGAUUAUACUGGAACCGGAUCAGAGCACUCCAAGGGAAACCAGGAGAAAGAAGUUGAGGAGGAUCCUUUAAACGAAGAGGUCUACUUCAAAGCCCAUCGACGGCACGAACGACAAGAAAAACAACUAAGGAAUAUAGAACGUGACCGCGCACAGCACGAAAAGCAACAACUAGAUCGUCUCCUAGACGAACUACAGAGCCAGGAUUGGCUGCGCGUCAUGGGAAUAACCGGUCGAAGUCUCACAGACCAAGAGAAGAAGCUUUAUGAGCCAAAACGAGACUACUUUAUCAAGGAAAUAUCCGCCUUGCUUCAGAAGUUCAAGAUCUGGAAAGAAGAGGAGAAACGCCGGAAGUUUGACAAGGAUCAUAAGUCCUCGUCCUUCCACUCCGACCUCGCGGAUUCAUCCCAUGCAAAGGACAAAGACACAAAGAGCGAAGACGAACCAGACGACGAGAAAGAUGCCACCGAGCUAACCCCAGAUAUCAACGACGUCGACGCCCUCGCGGCUCACCAACUUCUCCAAGAGGCUCGCUCGGCAACAGCCGGUAAACGCUCAUCAAAAUCCAAACAAAAGCCCGAGCUACCACCCCCAGUCGAACCAGACAAACCUUUUACAUCUUUCUUCUCAAAACCCCAUCUUCGUGAGGCUGCUAUGUUAGGCAACCGGAAAGGCCGGACGCGGCUUGCAUUCGGGCACCCCAUCCCCGAAGUCGAGGAAAAAGAAUUCGAACUCCCGGGUGACAUAUUGACCGCCGAAGCGAUCAAGUCGUGUCAGAGGAAGAGGAGACGAAUGAAAAGGGGUAGUUUGGGCGGAGGUUGA